AUGGCUGAUGGUGUGCCUGAUGUGGCGCGGGUCGAGGCCCCCGUCACCUUCAAGACCUACAUGAUGUGCGCCUUUGCGGCUUUCGGUGGUAUCUUCUUCGGUUACGACUCUGGUUAUAUCAACGGCGUUAUGGGUAUGGACUUCUUCAUUCAAGAGUUUGAGAACCUGGAUCCCGCAACUACCCCCGAGGCCGACUUUGUCGUUCCCUCCUGGAAGAAGUCCUUGAUUACCUCCAUUCUGUCUGCUGGAACCUUUUUCGGUGCUCUGAUUGCUGGUGAUCUUGCCGAUUGGUUUGGGCGUCGGACGACUAUCAUCGCCGGCUGCACCAUCUUCAUCAUCGGUGUCGUCCUUCAAACUGCCUCCUCCGCUCUCGCCCUUCUGGUCGUCGGUCGUCUGAUUGCUGGUUUUGGUGUCGGUUUCGUCUCCGCCAUUAUCAUUCUGUACAUGUCCGAGAUUGCUCCCCGCAAGGUGCGUGGUGCCAUCGUGUCGGGAUACCAGUUCUGUAUCACUAUUGGUUUGAUGCUGGCGUCCUGCGUCGAUUACGGCACCCAGAACCGCACCGACUCGGGAUCCUACCGCAUCCCCAUCGGUCUCCAGAUGCUUUGGGCCCUUAUCCUCGGCGUCGGUCUCUUCUUGCUGCCCGAGUCCCCGCGUUUCUACGUCCGCAAGGGUCAGCUCGACAAGGCCGCCGAGGCCCUCGCCCGUGUCCGUGAUCAGCCCAAGGACUCGGAACUCAUCACCCAGGAGUUAGCCGAGAUUGUCGCCAACAACGAAUAUGAGCUUCAGCACAUGCCUCAGGGUGGCUACUUCAACUCCUGGUUUAACUGCUUCCGUGGAAACAUCUUCCAUCCUAACAGCAAUAUCCGUCGUACCGUCUUGGGUACUUCGCUUCAGAUGAUGCAGCAGUGGACUGGUGUCAACUUCGUGUUCUACUUUGGCACGACCUUCUUCCAGUCGCUCGGUACUAUUGAAAACCCCUUCCUGAUCAGCAUGAUUACCACCAUUGUCAACGUCUUCUCCACCCCCGUCUCCUUCUACACCAUGGAGAAGCUCGGCCGUCGCCCUCUUCUCCUCUGGGGUGCCCUGGGCAUGGUCAUCUGCCAGUUCAUCGUCGCCAUUGUCGGUACCGUGGACGGUGGCAACAAGUCCGCUGUCAGCGCCGAGAUCUCGUUCAUCUGUAUCUACAUCUUCUUCUUCGCCAGCACCUGGGGUCCUGGUGCCUGGGUCGUCAUUGGCGAGAUCUUCCCUCUGCCCAUUCGUUCCCGCGGUGUUGCUCUGUCGACUGCCUCGAACUGGCUCUGGAACUGCAUCAUUGCCGUCAUCACUCCUUACAUGGUCGACAAGGACAAGGGUGACCUCAAGGCCAAGGUCUUCUUCAUCUGGGGAUCUCUGUGCGCCUGCGCCUUUGUGUACACCUACUUCUUGAUCCCCGAGACCAAGGGUCUCACCCUGGAACAGGUCGACAAGAUGAUGGAGGAGACUACUCCUCGCACUUCGGCCAAGUGGAAGCCCCACGGCACCUUUGCUGCCGAGAUGGGUCUUAGCGAGAAGGAGCUCCACGAGAAGACCACGGUCGCUCACCAAGAGGUUUAA